AUGACUGGCAAAACCGCACCUCCAGCUGCAGACCCGGCUCCCGCAGCCCCAAAGGAAGAGCCAGCACCAGCCCCAAAGGAAGAGCCAGCACCAACCUCAAAAGAAGAACCAGCACCAGCUGCUGAAGAGGCCCCGGCCCCCGAGCAUCCCCCUGCUGCGGAGCAGCCCCCGGCCCCCACAGAUGAGCCGGCUCCCGUCCCCACGGCAGAAGCGACUCCAGCCCCCAAAGAAGGUUCCCCAGCCCCCCCAGCUGAGCACCCUGCCCCUGAGCCUGAGAAACCCAAAGCAGAGCCGCCCAGCUCCCCCUUGUCCCUGACUGUGGAAGAAGUGAGCGAAAACUCGGUUACGCUGACCUGGAAAGCCCCUGAGAAGACAGGCCGGUCAGGCCUGGAUGGAUACCUGGUGGAGAUCUGCAAAGAUGGAAGCACAGACUGGGCAGCAGUGAACAAGGAGCCCUUUCUUUCCACCCGGUACACGAUCCAGGACCUCAGCUCCGGUGACAAGCUCCACGUGCGGGUGAAGGCUGUCAGCGCCAGCGGCACCAGUGUCCCGGCUACCUUGGAGCAGCCGGUGCUCGUCAGAGAGAUCACCCAGCUCCCGAGGAUCCGCAUGCCUCGUCACCUGCGGCAGACUUACGUCAGGCAUGUUGGGGAUGCCGUGAACCUGAUGAUCCCUUUCCAGGGAAAGCCACAGCCCCAGGUGGUCUGGACCAAGAACGAGCAGCCCCUGGACACCAGCCGUGUCAACAUCCGCAACACAGAAAAGGACACAAUCUUCUUCAUCCGCGAGGCGCAGCGCAGCGACUCGGGCAAGUACCAGCUGGCUGUGAAGAUAAACGGAGCAGAGGACAAGGCCACCCUGGACAUCCGAGUGAUUGAGCCGCCAGGUCCCCCCCAGAACAUGAAGCUGGUAGAUAUUUGGGGCUUUAAUGUGGCCCUGGAGUGGUCCCCCCCAGCGGACAAUGGGAACUCCGAGAUCAAGGGCUACACCGUGCAGAAGUCAGACAAGAAGAGCGGGAAAUGGUUCACAGCACUGGAGCGCUGCACCCGCACCAGCUGCACCAUAUCCGACCUCAUCAUGGGCAACACCUACUCCUUCCGCGUGUUCGCGGAGAAUGCCUGCGGGCUGAGCGAGAAAGCAGCCGUUGCCUCCGGGGUGGCCCACAUCGAGAAGACAAAAACUGUUUACCAGCCAGAGAAGAUCCCCGAACGGGACAUGAUGGAGCCUCCAAAGUUCACCCAGCCCCUGACAGACCGAGCCACCACCCGGGGCUACAACACGCACCUCUUCUGCUCUGUCCGGGGCUUCCCCCAGCCCAAAAUCAUCUGGAUGAAAAAUCAGAUGGAGAUACGGGAAGACCCAAAAUACAUAGCGUUGAUUGAUCAGGGUGUCUGCUCCCUGGAAAUCCGCAAGCCCGGCCCUUUUGAUGGGGGCAUCUACACCUGCAAAGCUGUGAACCCCUUGGGAGAAGCUUCGGUAGACUGCAAACUUGACGUGAAAAUACCCAAGUGAGGACAGGUUGG